UGAAGGAUAGUUAGGUUUGCUGAAAAUAUCAGUAACAUUGUAUAGCACCACAAAUUAAAUUGCUUAAAAUAUUUCACACGGUUACAUAACACCAUACAUUAAUUCCUGCAUCAUUUGUUUUUUUUUCAGAUGAACCAUUUCACACCUGUACCUUCUCCUCAUUCAUGAAAUCAUGCUGCUGAAUAAUAACGUGACUGAGUUCAUUCUGCUUGGGUUGACACAAGAGCCUGUUAAAAGGAAAAUAGUGUUUGUCUUUUUCUUGCUUUUCUACUUAGGGACAUUGUUGGGUAAUUUGUUGAUUAUCAUCACCAUCAAGACCAGCCGGGCACUUGAGAGUUCAAUGUACUUCUUCAUUUUCUACUUAUCCUUAUCUGAUACCUGCUUCUCUAACUCCACAGCCCCUAGAAUGAUUGCGGAUGCCCUUCUGAAGAAUAACACUAUCUCUUUUAGUGAGUGCAUGAUCCAAGUCUUUUCAUUCCAUUUCUCUGGCUGCCUGGAGAUCUUCAUCCUUAUCCUCAUGGCCGUUGAUGGCCAUGUGGCCAUCUGUAAGCCCCUGCACUACAUGAGCCUCAUGAGCUGGCAAAUCUGCAGUGUGUUGGUAGCUAUAGCCUGGGUAGGGGCCUGUGUGCAUUCUUUAGUUCAGAUUUUUCUGACCCUGAGCUUACCUUUCUGUGGUCACAAUGUGAUUGAUCACUAUUUCUGUGACUUGCAACCCUUAUUGAAACUUGCCUGUACAGACACCUAUGUGAUCAACCUACUGCUGGUGUCCAAUAGUGGGGCCAUUUGCACAGUGAGUUUUGUCAUCCUGAUGUUCUCCUAUAUCGUCAUCUUGCCUUCUCUGAGAAACCACAGGGCUGAAGGGAGGAAAAAAGCCCUUUCCACCUGCGUCUCCCAUAUCAUUGUAGUCGUCUUGUUCUUCGGUCCUUGUACAUUUAUAUAUACACGACCCGCAACCACCUUCCCACAAUUGGAACACCUUUGA